AUGGAAGAUACAGUUACACCUAACAUUAUUACUGAAGACGAGGCAGCUUUAUAUGAUAGACAAAUUAGGUUAUGGGGUUUAGAAGCUCAACAACGAGGAUUAAACAAUGAAGUAUGCAAAAAUCUAGUUUUAGCUGGAAUUGGGACAGUUACAAUCAUUGAUCAUAAUGUGGUCACCGAAGAAGAUUUAGGGGCACAAUUUUUCGUGACAGCUGAAGAUAUUGGAAAAAAUAGAGCACAUUCUUCAGUUAAUCGAGUUAAUCAAUUAAAUCCUCGGGUUAAAGUUAUUUCUGAUUCAAGUAAUUUAAACACCAAACCUGAAGAAUUCUUUCAAUCAUUUGAUUUAGUGUGUCUUACUGACGGAGAUCCUGAUACAAUGUUACGAAUUGAUGAAAUCUGCCGUAAAUUUAAUAAAAAAUUUUAUGCAGCAAGUACUUAUGGUUAUUAUGGUUAUAUAUUUUGUGAUUUAAACCAACAUGAAUAUAUAUUGGAACGAAAAAUAAAAAUUCCACAUUCAGCAGAAUUUCAAGUAAAAGUUUUAAAGCAUAAAGAAGAAUAUUUCAGUUUACAAGAAGUUUUGUCUAAAUCUGAUUGGUCAAAAGUUAAAAGAAUUAAAAAAGUCACACCAUUAUUAUGGGCUAUUCUAAUUUUAUGGAAAUUUCAACAAGAAAAAAAACGAUUGCCGGAUGUUAAUAAUACGGAAGACAUUGAUAAACUAAAUUCUGUAAAGGAUUCAUAUUUACAAUCAUUAAAUAUCGUGAAUACAACCAUUUUGGAUGAAUUAAUAGAAUCAAUUACAAGGAAUUCAACAGCCGAAAUAACGCCUGUGUGUGCAAUUCUGGGUGGUAUAUUGGCUCAAGAUAUUUUAAAUGCAUUGUCGCGUCGAGGAAAUAAAUAUAAUGGAUGGAGCACAGAAAAACAAUGUAGUUUUCGAACUUGUCACGACGCCAAAACCCAUCAACCUUCAAUAGUAUCUUUAGAUGCGGGAAUAUUACCCGAAAAAUAUUAUGAAAAACUAAUGAACCCUUCUAGAUUUCAAUUACGAAGAAUUUUCUUACCACUUAUUUAUAAAGAAACAAAUUUACUUGUAAAAAUUCAAGAUUUCCUUUGUUUACCAAGACCAAUAUCACCACCAGUUAAACGAUUAAUAAAUUCAUAUUUUCGAUUUGAAUAUGGAUUUCCAUCAACUCAUUCCACAAAUUCCGUCUCAAUUGCAUUAUUAAUUCUCACUCAUCUGCUUACAAUGGAUAAUAACAUGACUUUAUGGAUGAAAUAUCUUUAUUUUAUGGGACUUUUCUUUUAUUCUGCAAGUAUUGUUUGUGGAAGAAUUUAUUGUGGAAUGCAUAGUUUUUGUGAUGUUAUCGCAGGAACGAUUAUUGGAAUAUUAAUUUGGUGGUUUCAAGUAACUUAUCAAAAACAUCUUGAUAAUAUUAUUUUAAGUGAUGAUUGGUUUGUUCCAGCUGGUGCAAUUAUUGGUUCAAUUUCAUUAAUUUAUUUAUUUCCUGAACCUGUUGACAAAUGUCCUUGUAUAGAAGAUUGUAUUUCAUGUAUAGGUGUGAUUAUUGGUGUCACUGUUGGUAGUUGGAGAUUUGGCAAUUCAAAUUAUAGUUUACCAAAUGGAAAUGUUCCAUAUGAUUAUAAUAAAAUUGGUAUCUUUUUGAGUUUGGUUAGAGUAAUUUUUGGACUAUUAAUAAUUUUUACUUUUAGAACAGUAAUGAAAAAAUUCUUAUAUACGAUUUUAAAACCAAUUUAUACUUUUAAAUAUCAGGAAAGUAAUUUAUCGAUAAAAAAUUCAAUAAUUGGAAUUCACGAAGACAAUAAUUUAUCAUUAAAUACUAAUACAACUAAUACAUCAAUCGAAUCCUUUAAUAAUAAUGGUUCGGCUAAACAUGUGACUUUAAUAAAACCAUCCAAUAAAAUUAAUAAUAAUUAUAAUCGUUCCAAGUUUAACAUUGAUACUACAGUAAAACUUCUUGUUUAUUCUGGUAUUGCGUGGUUAGCCACAGAUGGAAUUCCUGUAUUAUUUGAAAUACUUGGAAUGAGUUAUGAAAAAGUUUGA